GACGAAUCCCCUCUUUUCCCUGGACCGCAAUGGAGGCGGCGAUUCUUCCCGCCGACUCUUGGGCUCGGUGUCGGGCCAUUAGCCACCGGAGGGUCGCACCGCCAGAUCCCCACGCCGAUUAUCAUGGCGGAGAUGAGGUCUGAACGCGAUGGCGGAAGCAAUCGGCUGUUUCUCUUGGGAACGGGGUUCGUCGGGCGAUACCUGUACGAUCGCCUCACAAGACAAGUUUGACAUUUCUGUGGCAUCAGUGUAAAUGAUCCUAUGAAAAGAGAGCUCAAGGAGAUGGGAUUAGAGGCCUUUAUUUUUUAUGAGGUUAAGCUGGACAUUCACUUUCAACACUUGGGACUCAUGGCAUGCUGGAAGGGAGUGAUCUCAACAAGCAUGGUGCUAUGACCUUGAGAGCUUUGAUCGCAUAUACCUUUUGGUUAAUCUAGAAGGCCCAAAAUGAGGGCCAACAAGAUUUGAUAAACCGGAUCAAUUUUAGAUGGUCUCAUCUGCAGCAGGACUGGUAUAGGCUCAACACUGAUGGCACUUUUCAUGAGCCAUUCCAGGUUGGUGGGUUGGGAUUUUUGCUGCUUCGUGACUCUAUUGGCAUAUGCUUGUUUGCAGGUCGCAAGAACACUGAGGGAAAGGCAGCUUCCUCAACGAGUUGGCUGCUAUUCGUGAAGGACUGCUGUUGUGUAAGGAGUGACGAGUGGGGAAAGUGGAAGUGGAGACGAAUGCAGAAUACAUGAUUCGGCCUUGUCAACGCAUUCUGUGCAUCCUAACCUGUCCAAGGGGGCACUAUGGUUUCGAGAUGGUGACACCUGCGAUAGUGAGUGACGUUGUCGCGAGGGAACCGAUGCGAAGACAGGUAUAUUUGAUCCUUGCUAUAUAUUAUUAUUAUUAUUUCCCCAUCAAACAAUUUUCUUUUCGGAAUAUUUUCCAGCUGCCAUCCGUUAUUAAUCUCCCUCAUGAUAAUUGUUUCUUCAAAGAACCGAUCUGCACCAGUAAAUAACACUAUUACAAUCAGAGACAUUCCUAAGCUAAUAUUCUUCUCAGAAAGACAAAUAAGAGUCGCAUCUCCUCAGCAUUAUCCUCCAACCAACCAUGAUGGUCAGUCAGCCUGUCAAUCUCUUUGGUAUCAUCGGUUGACAUUAUAUUAUUGCAGUCAAAACUCAUGUUUGGUGAUGGUGAAUAAGGUACAGCUUGCUUCAGCAUUACUACGACCCAAAACUCUUUUAUUUCGAGUUGGUGGUGGUUGAUUAAAAUGGUACUCAAUUGCUUCUCUUAAUUUCGAGUCGGUAGGGGUUGAUUAAAUAGUACUCAAUUGCUGCUCAUAAUUCAUUUACUUCUUAAUAUAUAUAGCUGUAGUAUUUGCAACAUCUCUCCUAUUGGCCCACCUUAUAUGGGGCCCAGACUCGGACAUCGAAUAUUUGGAAAAUAAAUACUAAUUUAAAUGUUUAGGUCGCUAUAUCACCGGUUUUCAAUAAUAAUAAUAAUAAAGCGUAGAGAGAAAAAAAAUAUCUGAGGUCGCUUAAAACCGGCGCGUUCCGCUUGGGACCCACUAUCCGCGGGGGGCAGCACCAACCACGUGGCUUCUGUUGGGGCCCCGCACACUCGAGUGUUUGCAGCUUGCGGUUCGGGCCCUCUCCGAAAGGCCCCCGAUUUCUCGGCCGGGGAAGUCGCGAUUCAUUUCUUUAUCUACGUCGCUAGUUUCGCCUGCCCCCUCAUGCCCUUCCCGCACCUCAGCUCUGUCGGCUGUCCUACCGCCGCUUCUCCGCUGCCGUCCCCACGAUCGAUCUAGCGCCUGAACCUAUCGCCUGCGUCUGGAUCAUCUCUGCAUCCGUCUCGAGGCGCCAGAUCUUUUGAGCUUCUUUGCAGGAGUAAUUGUGCUCGCUUAGCCUCCUCUUCGUCAUCCUCCCCCCGUGGUAUUUCGAUCGCGCUGGUUUGUUUGCCGUGAUAUGUCCUUGUGAUAUGUCGGGGCCACUGGAUCGGUUCGCUAGGCCCUGCUUUGAGGGGUUUUCAAGCCAUGAUGAGCGAAAGGAACGAAAAUCAGAUAUUGAAAAUUCAGAAGAUGAAAGAAGGACAAGAAUUGGAUCGCUGAAGAAAAAAGCUAUAAAUGCAUCUACGAAAUUUAGGCAUUCUUUAAAGAAAAAGAACAGAAGGAAGAGUGAUGGUCGGGUCGUUUCUGUUUCAAUUGAGGACAUAAGAAAUAUUGAGGAACUAGAGGCUGUUGAUGCAUUCCGUCAGUCACUAAUUUUAGAUGAAUUGUUGCCUGCAAAGCAUGAUGAUUAUCAUAUGAUGCUGAGAUUUCUGAAAGCACGGAAAUUUGAUAUCGAGAAAGCAAAGCAUAUGUGGGCCGAAAUGCUUCAAUGGAGAAAGGAAUAUGGCACGGACACUAUUGUUGAGGACUUUGAGUAUUCUGAGUUAAAUGAAGUUCUACAAUACUAUCCUCAUGGUUAUCAUGGGGUGGACAAAGAGGGGAGACCUGUUUAUAUUGAAAGGUUGGGGAAAGUCGAUCCUAACAAAUUAAUGCAGGUCACCACUAUGGAGCGUUAUGUAAAAUAUCAUGUGAAGGAGUUUGAGAGGAGCUUUUUAAUUAAAUUCCCGGCUUGUUCAAUUGCUGCAAAAAGGCACAUUGAUUCAAGUACAACUAUUCUUGAUGUUCAAGGCGUGGGUUUGAAAAACUUCAGCAAGACUGCCAGAGAACUAAUUCAGCGAUUGCAGAAGAUUGACAAUGAUAACUACCCUGAGACCUUGCACCGAAUGUUUAUCGUCAAUGCGGGCCCAGGAUUCAGGCUUCUGUGGAACACUGUAAAGUCCUUUCUGGACCCAAAGACUACUUCUAAAAUUCAUGUUCUUGGAACAAAGUUCCAGAAUAAGCUGUUAGAGAUAAUCGAGCCCAGUGAGUUGCCAGAGUUUCUUGGUGGUUCUUGUACUUGUGCAGAUCAUGGAGGAUGCCUAAAAUCUGAAAAAGGCCCAUGGAAGGACCCAAAUAUACUGAAGAUGGUCCUUAGUGGUGAAGCACAAUGUGCCAGGCAAAUUGUAGCUGUUUCAAAUGGGGAGGGAAAGAUCAUUGCAUACGCUAAGCCACAAAACCCAACAAUAAGGGGUAGUGAUACAUCUACUGCCGAAUCUGGAUCAGAAGCUGAAGAUAUCGCUUCUCCUAAAGCAGCACGGGCUCAUGUAUCAUAUCCUCGCUUGACCCCAGUACAUGAAGAGGCAAAAAUGGUUAAGGCAGCUAGUUUCUCUUCUGGAUUUCCACAGUAUGAUGAAUACGUUCCCAUGGUAGACAAGGCUGUUGAUGGCGGCUGGAAGAAAGAAGUCUCUAACAAAAGGCUAUCUACAUCUAAAGGAGAAUGCUCUAUCUCUAAGACACACAACACUCCUCAAGGAGUUCAAUCUCGAACAAUCCAAUUCCUUGUGACCAUCAUCAUGUAUCUCUAUACACUGGUUUAUUCAGUCAUCAGAUGUGUGUCAAAGAGGCUAAAGAAUGAAGUCUCUGAAAUAGAUGAACACGAUCCUUCUUUUGCUGCGGAUCCUGUGCCCAAGGAGGAAUUCCGUCCUCCUUCACCUGCUCCUGUAUUUACAGAGGCUGACCUCUUUUCACGCCUUCUAAGAAGGUUGGAAGAGCUGGAAGAAAAGGUGGACACCCUUAAAGCAAAACCAUCUGAAAUGCCCUCAGAGAAAGAUGAGUUGCUCAACGCAGCCGUUUGUCGGGUAGAUGCAUUAGAAGCUGAGCUUAUUGUCACGAAAAAGGCUUUGCAUGAAGCUCUUAUGAGGCAAGAUGAACUUCUUGCAUAUAUUGACCGUCAAGAGGAGGCCAAGAUGCGGAAGAAGAAAUUUUGCUUUUGAAGCAAGGGUGAAAAUGGAUGCCUUUCACCACCUUGAACUUUGUCCCCUCUGCUGCUUAAUGGACCAUGGUUUUGAUGUGAAUUCAUCAAAACACACCAGCCCACUGACUAGAACAGUGAAAUAAACCAUGAAACCAGACAGUUUGAGAAGUAAAUAAUCUAGUUUUAAGUUGCUGGCUCGCUUAAUCUCUUUGGAAGCCACUUUGUGCUCCUCUUAUUCCAAUGCUUUUGCCACCUGAUCCAAAAAUAUGCAGUGGUUUAGUGGACCAAGAUUGGCGGUGGAGAUCAACAGUCGUAAAUAAAUGAUACUUGUGUUCUCUUAGAUGCCUUGUUAUCUGUUUUAUUUCUCUGACAGCAAUCAUGGCAUGAUCCUUUUGUCAUUACCGGCUUGGUUCGGACUCUUGGCAUAUUGGCGGUAAUAUGGAUUUUGUAUACUUGUUGGAGUCAUUGGUGUGGUAUGGUCACCGCCUUUGAUGAA